CUUGGCUACGACAAAGUGUUUGAGGGGGGAGAAGUCUCCCCGAGCCGAGUCUGUCCGUAUGAGUGGAGGGGCUGCAGCCAUGGUGUUCAGUCUGAGAGGGCAAACACACAGUGGACAUCAUUAACACAAUUUAUGAUGGAGAAUUAAAAUGGUGAGGAAGAAAAAGCUGCUGGUGUUUGAAAUUUGUGGAAGCAUGAUGUGGGAUGGAUAAACAACAACGAAACUCGACUAUGGCCUCUAAUGACCCUGACCCUCCUCACCCCUCUGCUGACCCCCAGCCUGGUGACCUCAUUGAGAUCUUCAGACCGGCCUAUCAGCACUGGGCUCUCUACCUGGGAGAUGGUUACAUCAUCAACUUAACUCCUGUUGAUGAGAGCCCAGCAGCCGCCGUGUCCAGUGUGAAAUCCGUCUUCAGCCGGAAGGCAGUGGUGCGCAUGCAGCUGCUAAAGGAGGUGGUGGGAAGCGACUCGUACCGUGUGAACAACAAGUAUGACCACAAUCACACACCCCUACCCAUCUGUGAAAUCAUCCAGCGAGCGCAAGUCCUCAUUGGCCAGGAGGUGUCUUAUGACCUGCUGGGGAGCAACUGCGAGCACUUUGUGACCCUUCUGCGCUACGGGGAGGGGGUGUCCGAGCAGGCUACACGGGCCAUUGGGGCCAUUAGUUUGGUGACGGCAGCAGCCAGUGCCUUCUCUGUCUUGGGACUCAUCAACACGCGAUCCAGAAACAGGCCUUUUUGACAGCUGUGUUCUUCACUGAAGGGUGUUGUCUCUCAACAUUCAUACAGCUGUGAUUUAAAAUAAAUAAA